AUGUGUAAGUUUGUCGCCCUCUUCCCGAUCUGCCCGAGCCCCCCGUUCCUUCCGGCUGCCGUCGCCGUGCCUCUCGUCCGCCCGCUGCUGCGGGUGGUGAGGCCAAGAAGCGUCCCAUUCUGCCCCGGCCUUGGCAUCCCGCAAACUGACGUCUUCCCAGCGCUCACCGAGAUUCGAAAUGUCGUCCUCCUAUUCAGCAAUCCAGUAUGGAGCGGCGCCAGUACGGUCCCGUCAACAAUCAUUCGCAACCUCACGGCAUUGUCGAGCCAGCUAGCCUACGAGGAGCGCAUAACGUCCAACAUCACCACCCUGACCACUACCAAUGCCGAUACGCUCGACGGCGUCAUUCAAGGCUUGCUCUACGUCCCGGAUCUUGACAAUGACGACGCCUGCGACCUCGCACAGUACGACUUCAUUCCCAAAAAUGUCACACGCCGAAACAAUCUCCCCCCGACUAACUACAACCUCAUCGCUCUCGCCCCUUGGUUCAGCAUCGAUUGUACUCUCGCCUACCUCGCCUCCGCGCGUCUCGACCCCCUUCGCGCAUUCGUCUUCUACAAGCCCAACAAUUCCUCCAACAAACCCCAAGAUGCCGACUCCCCCGUCUGGAACCUCGAAGAUGGUGGAGCAUGGGUUAAGACGAACAAAUUCCCCAUCUUCGCCAUCUCUGGCAUGGAAGGCCAGGGAAUGAUGGAACAACUAAGUCUCUACUCAGGUCAUAUCGCCGAUAUCCCCCACGGCGAGGAAAUCAACGAUCUCUACGGCCCUAACCCCAAGGAUUAUGUCCGCAUAUGGACCGAACUUACCCUCCAGAACGAUUCCAGCAUCCCCCCUUUGUGGGCGUUCUUUCUCAUCGUCAUCGGUGCACUCCUCUUGAUCAUUUUCGGCGUCUCUUUGACCAUGCAUUUGAUCCAACGACGUCGUCGACACUCUCUGAAGUGCCGCGUUGAGUCGGGCGAGGUCGAUCUCGAAGCCAUGGGAAUCAAGCGCAUGACUGUCCCCCCCGCCCAUAUCCGAGACUUCCCUCUAUUCACGUACAAUGCCGACCCGGAAACGAUGGGCCCACCUCCAACUCCUCUCUCCACCCGAGCCUCGCGAAGCAGCCGCCGACAGGAUCAACGCAGCAUAAGAUCCACAACCAGCAUUCGGAGCAAACGAUGCAGUGUCGGGCAUUCCGGCGACUCAACUGCUACCAACUUCCAACCGAGCUGCCACAUUUGUCUGGUAAAAUUUGAUCAUCGACUGACGAUUAUUCGGGAGCUUUCUUGCGGCCACAUCUACCACCCCGAAUGUAUCGACGAGUUUCUCUCGCAGAACAGUUCCCUCUGUCCUGUGUGCAAACAGAGUAUGCUGCCUCGAGGAUACAGCCCCCAGAUUACCAACGGAAUGGUUCGCCGUGAACGCGCUCUCCGACGUCUACGAGAGAGGGUCGACUUUGAUGACUUAUCAGACCAGUCCCACGACAGCAAGCUCAAAGGAUGGAGCAAACGACUCUUUGGCACCUCAUCGGUGUCUUCGCCUACCGCCGUUACCCGUUUAGUUACCUUGAAACCUACGAGACCCAAAGAAGAGCCAGUAAGAGAAUCAACGCCAAUGGUCGCUGAGGAGCAAGCCGCAACCCCAGACGCGAUCUCUACCCCCGCCUCCGACUCGAUUUCCCAGGAGCCAGUAACAGACACAACUUCACCCACCCCAGCAAGGAUAUCAAAGUCGCGACGAACACGACCCCGAGCUCUGAAUUUGCUCCCGACGCAUCCAGAGAAUUCGGAACUAAUGACAACAACAUCAACAACAGUAGGACGCAAGAGUCCUUCGUCGUUUGCUCGAGAACGCAUGCGGGAGAUUGCAGCCAAAAACGCCCCGUUCGAUGAUCCGGAUCAACAACGGGCAAUAUGGCGGCGUGGAUUAUCAAAAGUGUUCCCCGGAUACUUCUAA